GAGGGCAGGAAUAGCCAGGAGCUUUUGGGAGAGGCCGGCGGCUGAUGAAUAUGUGUUGGAAGUUUCUGGAUGGUGUUUCUAUCUCUUGGCACAUAUCUGUGAGUCAAGGUCAUCUUGCCAGCGCCAGGAACAACAGAAGAGGAAGGCUCCAGAAAUGUCUGGAAGGCCACUGCAGAGGAUAAAAGGAGGCUCUGAAGCUUGUCAGAGACAGACGCCGGAGCGGAAAGAGACACUGCAGGCACCCAGAGCCCAGAGAGAGAGAAACAGACCGUCCUUCUGAGCUAUGCUAAGCUUAUCGAGACGCGGAGGGCUGCAGCUCGGGGGUUAUCCGGGGUCCAACCUCAUCUCCCCGCAGCUUUACAGCAGAGAUCCAAGAAGCGGCUACAGGUGGCUGGAGGUUCCGCAGAACCUCUCUGCGCAGCCCCAGGUGGAUGAGAUGGGGAGGCCGAUGUUCUUGCCUGCAGGUAGCUAUCCCCAGAACCUCUUUGCGCAGCCCCAGGUGGAUGAGAUGGGGAGGCCGAGGGUCUUGCCUGCAGGUAGCUAUCCCCAGAACCUCUUUGCGCAGCCGCAGGUGGAUGAGAUGGGGAGGCCGAGGGUCUUGCCUGCAGGUAGCUAUCCCCACGUCUCCUGGGCAGCCCCAGGCCAGGAAGGGCAGGGCAGCCCCAGCCUUGCCCCCAAAGUCAGCUUCCAGGAGAACAACAUCACGUUCCAGCUCUGCCUGGACAUGGCCGGGUUUUUGGCGGACGAGCUGACCGUGAAGAUGGACGGGAGGAAGCUGACGGUGUCCGGGAAGCACAAGAAGAAGACCAGGUCGGAAGAUGACCUCGUUUUCCACGAUCACAGAGAGGUCCUCAGGGAAGUUCUCCUGCCGGAAGAUGCCGAUCUCGACGCCGUGACCUGCACGUUGACCCACGACGGGAAGCUCUGCUUCCAGGUCCCACGCAAGGCCCCGACUGCUCCCAAGGUGACAAACAUCCCUGUCACCAGGGCCCCCCGGGGGGGAGAAGGGCAGGAGAAGGCUGCUCCGGAAAAGGAUGACCAAGGAGGAAGUGGAGAGUGGGAGGCGAGAAAUACCGGGGACAAGGAUGACCAAGAAGGAAGUGAAGACGAGUAG